UUCAUACUUUUGUGAAUUGUGACUGGUGAUGUGACUGAUGUGUGGCCUGUGAACGGAGAAUAUUUUUCCGUAUCGGCAUUAAAACGUACUAAUUUUAGAUUGUUCUGUAAGACAAUACAUGCAUUAUGAUUACUUUACUUCCCUGACCUUAAGCAUUGUUAAAAGUUUGUAUACUUAGUGAGUUAUUUUGGUAAUCGGUGACAUUUUAGUGAAGUGCCUAAUUUGAUCAUGGAGGCUAUAGCAAAACACGAUUUCACUGCAACUGCUGAUGAUGAGCUCAGCUUUAGAAAGAACCAGGUGUUGAAGAUACUAAACAUGGAGGACGAUAUGAACUGGUACAGGGCUGAGUUAGACGGCAAAGAAGGACUUAUUCCUAGUAAUUAUAUUCAAAUGAAAAGUCACAGCUGGUAUUAUGGAAGAAUCACAAGAGCAGAUGCAGAGAAACUUCUAGCAAAUAAACCAGAGGGUGGUUUUUUGAUAAGAAUCAGUGAAUCAAGCCCUGGUGACUUCUCCUUAUCUGUCAAAUGUCCCGAUGGUGUUCAACAUUUCAAAGUGCUUCGGGACGCGUCCAGCAAAUUCUUCCUGUGGGUCGUCAAGUUCAAUUCUCUCAACGAGCUCGUUGAUUAUCAUCGUACUGCGUCAGUGAGCCGCCUGCAAGAUGUUAAACUAAGGGACGUCGUGCCUGAAGAAAUGCUGGUGCAGGCGUUGUACGACUUCACUCCGCAGGAGGCGGGCGAGUUGGAGUUCAGGCGCGGUGACGUCAUCACGGUCACCGACCGCUCCGAUCAACAUUGGUGGCAGGGUGAGAUCGCGCACCGGCGCGGGCUGUUCCCGGCGUCGUACGUGACGUCGUACCACUCGUCAUAGUGUGCGGACGCUCGCGGCUCGCCCUUGCCUCUCUAGGUCGCACGCGCGACUGGCCUGACAAUGAUCACACUAGCCUAGCUACUAUCAUAUCAAUAACUCGCGGUACAUUACAUCGAACAUUCAACUAAUUUAGUAAAGCUAACACAUGAAAACGUUAUAGUUUUCUCAGUUUUACUAGCCAUUACGUAUUGUGGUAUUUUAUGCGGUUUUAAUUGAUCCCACUAGGAGUUAUUGACGGAAGGCACCAAGUGUCAUCAAUGUCGCGCUCGGAUGAGUUUGAUUUUUAUAUAAUGUUUUGACGAGUAUAUGGUGCUUCGUGUUCACAGCUGAUUACGAAUGUAAUAAUUUAUAACAAUAAUUGACGAUCGUAAUCGUAUUGGUCUGUCCAUUUUACUCGCGAGUUGAAACUGCCUUGAUUUUGCAAUACUGUGAGAGAUGUAAUUCGGUAGUACAAAAGUUUGUGUCGUGUUUCAUUGUAUUCAUUGUUCUGUGACGAAUUUAUUGUCCUCUCAUUUUAUAUUGUGACGAACGCUGGAUGAGAGUGAAUAUUUUAUCCUCGAAAACGUGCCAGAAUGUUAUUUGUAGUUUUUUGAAAUAUACGUUUAGAAAUAAAAGGUGAAAGGGAUCAAAUCAGUGCAUACUGACCACUCCCCAAUCAAGUUUAUAGAUUUUCUUAUUUGAUGUGAUUUUUAUGACCAUUAUUUAUCCCUGUAUUAGUCUUUAAUGCUCAUUAUUAAAAUAUUUACCAUUUAUACGUUAGUUAAGUGAUAAUUUUAAGUUCGGUUUACAUGUAUUUCGAUCUUAUUUUUUUAUAAUAUACACGAGUGUAUAAUCCGGUACAGUAAUCACGUAGAAUAUAAAUUUGUAGCGUCCUCGAAAAGCUUAGCUCUCGUUAGAAUUAGAGUCAGAUCGACAACGGUUUGUGUUACGCACAAUUUACAAUGCCACGAACGUAUAAUGUUAACUCGGGAAUUAUUUUAUAUAUUGACGAUGUUUUUGUACGACGGAUAUAUAAUUAAGCGAAGUAUUUUAUAUAACGAUUUAUCUAUGUUGUAACACCACGGCUUUUUUGAUAGCUUUUGACGUGUUCGUUUCACGCAGAUUCGUUACCUGUACGUAUUUUACCAUUUACCAAUCGUAAUGGACUCAAAUGUCUAAAAUGUUAACGUAACGUUUAAAGUAAUUCAAUUGUAUAGUAAGAGGGGGUCUGGCGACGUAAGUAGUGUUAGUGGCAACACCGAGCAGGAGUGACGGAACAUCGUGGCACGCCUCGCGCAGUGCCAGUGUACUUAGUUAGCGAUUAACAUUUAGUCAAGACUUGAAAUUAAUAAAACUUUGAGUGAUCGUUGAUCCAAUGUAGAUAUUUAUUUUUGUUAUUGUAUUGUACCCAAAAUUACUAUAUUUAUGGAAACCUGAUAGAACUUUAAAGGUAACUCACAAACUCAGGAGUCCCAAAA